AUGUCUCCAGCCAUGCGGGCCCCAAACUCCCCAAAACAACCAGCAAGGCAGACCUCCAUAGUCGAAAUGCUUUCCAGCCCUCCUCCCUUGGACACAGAGUUCAUCUCGAGCCUGGACAUCUCUGUUCCCCGCUCCCCAGCCUCCUCCAGCAUCUCAUCAGUGUUACUUUCGUCAAAUAAUACAGGCAGCAAUAACGUGAAUCCGGGUACCACCCAUGCGCACAACAGCUCCAACCACAGUAGCGCAAGCAAUAGUACUCGCAACAGCACUGGCAACACCCCAGCUGCCGAACCGGCAAGCAUACUGAUGGACGAAAACGCCGUUGAUGAAAGCCUGUUGCUCAACAACGAUAGUCUGACAAACCUAAGCUUGAACACUAGUGACUUCCCAGGCGACUCGAACAUCACAAUUUCAAGAAACCCUUCCAUGUCCUCGAAUUUUUCACAAUAUUUGAAUGGCGCCUCAUUAGAAUGGCAAGAUAUCAAGUUGAGCGAGCUUGUUGAAAAGAACAAGUUGAUUGUCAUCAACUCCACCGUCUCUGUCGAGCAAGCUUUCGAUACCCUUGUUACAAACGGUUUAACAUCGGUCCCUGUCGAAGAAUUCCCAAACGAUUUGAACUGUUUGACCUUCGACUAUACAGAUCUAAAUGCUUACCUAUUGUUGGUGUUGAACAAAAUUAGAAUAGAAAAUCUGAAAAACAUGGAUUACAAUCCAAAACAGGAUGUUCCAAAAUUAAUCAAGAAGGCCCAAGUUGGUGAACAAGUUCCUGUCUCAUUUGUCAUCCGCUUAACAAACAAAAACCCAUUCAUAAAAUUAACCGAAACUGAUACUUUAUCAUCUGUCGUAGAAAUCCUCGGAACUGGAGUCCAUAGAGUCGCAAUCAUAAAUGAAAACAAACUAAGUGGUAUCCUUUCCCAAAGACGUUUGGUCAAGUUCUUGUGGGAUAACGCACGCCGUUUCCCCUCAAUGGAGCCUUUGUUAUCCUCUUCCAUUAGUACGUUACACAUUGGAUCCCAAAACCCAAUCUCAAUAUAUGGUGACCAACCUUUGAUCGAGGCUUUGAUGACAAUGCACAACUUGAAAAUGUCUUCCUUGGCUGUUGUCGACCGUAACUCUCACCUUUUGGGUAAUAUCAGUGUGACAGACGUCAGACUGGUCUCUACCACUUCCAAGUCGGAUUUAUUAUACAAAUCUUGUCUACACUUCAUCUCUGUCAUAUUGAACUCUAGAGGUUUGGAAAAUGGUAAAGAUUCUUUCCCUAUUUUCCAUGUCACCUCGUCCACUUCCUUAGGUAGAGCAAUUGCUAAAAUGGUUGCAACGAAAAGUCAUCGUCUGUGGAUAGUCAAGCCUGACUCCUCUUCAAAUUCCUCAACUCCAACAACUCCAGAUUCUCCUCACACUCAUAUGCACCCGCAUUCCCAUCCUCACCUGCAUUCUCACGUUCACUCACACCAUGCCUCGACAAUAGAAGAUGAUGUUCACGCUAGUGGUCAAUUGGUGGGAGUUUUAUCACUCACAGAUAUACUUUCUUUGUUUGCAAAGACUUUGGGUAAAGCACAUGUCGAACCAAACAUGGCACGAAAACAACGUAGGAGAUCAAGUUCAGGCGUCGCUAGCAUCAGCACUAAUGGAAGUCUGGAAAUGUUUCGCAGAAGCAUAUCCGAACAAAGCUCGGCAGAGAAAACCUCAACUGGUGGUAGAUGA